AUAUACUCAUGGUCAACUUAUUAAUGUUCAAGUUUCAGUUAGUAAUGAAACUUUCUAUCCGUUAGAUCAUUUCGUUAUAUAUAUUCUAAGACAAACGACAUAUCAUCAUAAGUCGAAGUGCAGUGAAAAUCAAAGAACUAAACUCAAUAUUGUACAAAAGCGGACUAUGGCCAAUUGGAAAUGUGAACGGAAUGAACAUACAAGUUUUCCAGCUGAAAGUAUCAAAGUGCCAGCAAUGAUCGCACCAACAGAUACUGAGACGAGCAAAAUCAUUAAAAUCCAAUACUUGAUUUCGAUAAGAGCCAUGUCCAAUACCCGUUAUGGUUGUGUCGGUAUGGUUGAUUUACCGAUAACGAUAGGAACUAUACCGUUUGGAGGUAGCACAUCAACCAUGAUCGUCUCCCCUCAGACAAGAACCGUUUCUAGUGCUCCCUCUAUUGCUAUAGCACAUGAUAUUUCGCCAUCGGAAUCUUUGGCUUCAGCAUUUCAAGACGAUGACACAGUAUCGAUUCGAACUUAUACCAGCACACCACCUCCAUUCCCCGACGAUGAUUUUGAUCUCCCAACCUACGAAGAUGCUUUACUAAUGGAUGAAGAAAUCGACGUCAUUCUGUAGAGUAUUGAAGACUCAUUUGCCCAACUGCAUGUCAAAUCAACGAAAAAAUAACA